UUUGUUCAGUGGACUCCCGUCCUGUCCGCUGCCCCUCACCCUGCUGCUUUGCCCGGAUCUGGAUUCGCUUUAGCUACUUUGGGAAUUAACACACCCUUUCUCUGACUUUCAACUGUGGAUUGGUGAAUUUCUAAUUGUGAGCUGGUUAAAGUAAAGAACAGUCAACAUUAAAGUUGGCGGAGUGGCCCUCGGGAUGUCAGGAUCAGUACAAGUGACGCAGAAGCUGCAGCGUCUGCACCAGCAGCAGGAGCAGCAGCAGCAGCAUCAGCAGCAUCACUAUGAGAGCCGCUCUUACCUGAGCACCAAGUCGUCUGUUAGCAAGAAGUCGUUCGCGGCUUACAAGACCACCAGCCGUCGCCUGAAGACUACUGUGAAGACAGAGAAGGGGCAGGAGGUAGUUAAACUGAGCCCGCUACCCAAGAGAGCCAAACGCACCUACCUGGCGAUGGACUUGGACAAGGAAGUUAUCGGCUAUGUCAUUCCCGUAUUCAGAGCCAAUCAUGAGGUUGUUCGUGGUCUGAUGGAGGCUCGGGAGGAAGAUAUGACGGAGGAGGGGAUUAGCUAUGUGGCCAUGAGGAACCUGUUUGUGAGGGAGGCCAGGGAGGCUAUGGAGGUUAGAGUGGAGAAGAAAACCAGAUCAACGCAUAUCAGGGAGUCUGCUGAACGCAUGAGACUGGGCCAGACGAUGGAGGAGUGGACAGAGUUCCGUAGGAAAAUGAACCCAGACAGCCUGAUGCACCCUCCAGAGUUUAUCAUCAAGCCCCGUGGACAGACUGUCUGGGAGGGCAAGACAGUCAAGCUGCACUGCACUGUGGCUGGAUGGCCUAAACCUAGGGUUGCUUGGUACAAAAACAAUGUGCUCAUUGAUGCCAAGGCCCAUCCUGAGAAGUACACCACCGAGAGCAAUUACAACAUGCACUCCCUGGAGAUCAAGAACUGUGAUUUCCUCGACACCGCUCAGUAUCACAUCUCUGCCCUCAAUGUGAAAGGGAACUCCUCUGCUGUGGCCUCUAUUGUUGUCAAAAGGUACCAGGAGGGCAAGGAAGCAGGCCCACUUGAUCCUAAACCACAUGGUUACAGCCCUGAACAUGGUGUCACCUUUGAAACAACCAUCAUUGACAAAUUCGAAGUGGCCUUUGGCCAUGAAGGCGAGACACUGAGUCUGGGCUGCACUGUCAUCAUUUAUCCCACUGUGAAAAAUUACCAGCCAGAAGUUGUGUGGUACAGAAAUGCUGUCCCCUUGAAGCCCUCCAAAUGGGUGCACACCCACUGGUCUGGGGAUCGUGCCACACUCACACUUGUUCACCUCAACAAGGAAGAUGAGGGCAUGUACACCCUGCGCGUCAACACCAAAUCUGGCUUUGACUCCUACUCUGCUUAUGUGUUUGUCAGAGAUGCCGAUGUGGAGGUGGAGGGGGUUCCCGUGGCCCCCCUGGAUGUGCGCUGUCAUGAUGCCAACAAGGACUAUGUGGUGGUGACCUGGAAGCAGCCAGCGGUGGAGGGCAGCAGCACCAUCCUGGGAUACUACAUCGACAGGUGCGAGGUUGGCACACACCACUGGGCUCAGUGCAAUGACGUCCCAAUCAAGUACGCCCGCUUCCCCGUCACAGGACUGGUGGAGGGGCAUUCUUACAUCUUUAGGGUGCGGGCCUUGAACAAGGCAGGAGUCAGCCGUCCAUCCCGUGUCUCUGAUGCCGUGGUUGCUAUGGAUCCGUCUGACAGAGCCCGACUCAGAGCUGGCCCCUUAGCUCCUUGGACUGGGAUGAUCAAGUUUACAGAGGAAGAUCCCACUGUGGGUGUUGUCCCCGGAGAACCCUCUGAUGUUGUGGUUACCGAGGCAACCAAGAGCUACGUGGUGCUUGCGUGGAAGCCCCCAAUCCAGAGAGGUCAUGAAGGAGUCAUGUAUUACAUUGAGAAGUGUAUUUCAGGGACCGACACCUGGCAGAGGGUGAACACUGGCAUGCCAGUCAAGUCUCCCCGCUUUGCCCUGUUUGACCUGGCAGAGGGUAGAUCCUACAGCUUCCGUGUGCGCUGCUGCAACUCCGCCGGUGUGGGCGAGGCCUCUGUGUCCACAGAGGAGAUCACGGUUGGAGAUAAACUGGACCUGCCCUCCACUCCGGGCAAUCCAGUGGCCACCAGGAACACCGACACCUCAGUGGUGGUCCACUGGAGUGCCUCUAAGGAAGUCAGACACCUGGCUGGCUACUAUAUUGAAUAUAGCGUGGUGGGCACCGAGGAGUGGAUGCCUUGCAACAACAAACCUGUCAAGCAGACCAGGUUUGUGUGCCACGGCCUGAUCACCGGGACAAACUGCGUGUUCAGGGUCAAGGCAGUCAACGCUGCUGGAUACAGCCAGAGCUCCCCCGUCUCUGAUCCCGUGAUUGUGAAGGCUGCCAUCUCCGUCCCUGGAAAGCCCACUGGUGUGACCCUGGUGGAGGCUGUGAAGGACUACAUGGUGCUGGCCUGGACUGAGCCUGCUAACAAUGGAGGAGCUGAUAUCAGGGGAUAUUUUAUAGACUACAGGACUGUGAAGGGAGGCGUUGUUGGGAAAUGGCAUGAAAUGAACCACAAGGCAUUGACUUCUACCUCCUAUAAAGCUGAGAACCUGAAGGAGAACAUCUUCUACCAGUUCCAAGUGCGUGCUAUAAACAUGGCCGGUGUGAGUAAAGCCUCUCUGUCUAGUUCAACUCUGGAGUGCAAGGAGUGGACCAUCACUGUGCCAGGUCCUCCUGUUGGUCUGCAUGUGCUGGAAGUCCGUGACACCUCCGCCGUGAUCCUGUGGGAGCCACCUGUAUUCAGUGGCCGCACUCCUGUCAACGGCUACUACCUGGACCUCAAGGAGGCCUCUGCCGGAGACGCAGGCUGGAAGGCUGCUCAUGAGAAGGUCAACAGGAUGAAAUACAUGAAGGUGACGGGGCUGAAGGCUGGUACAUCCUACGUCUUCCGCGUGCGUGCACAAAAUCUUGCUGGAGUUGGAAAGGCCUCAGCAGCCUUAGGUCCAAUCCUGGCCCAGACUCGCCCUGGCACCAAAGAUAUUUAUGUGGAUAUCGAUGAUGAUGGCGUGAUCUCUAUGAUCUUUGAGUGCUCUGAGAUGAAGGAGGGCUCUGAGUUUAUUUGGUCCAAGAACUACCAGGCUAUCACAGACACCUCUCGUCUGACUAUUAUCAAUGAAGGUGGCAAGUCCAGAGCUAUCUUCAACAGCCCCUCUCUGGAGGAUCUGGGCACCUUCUCCUGUGUGGUCACCAACACUGACGGCGUCUCCUCCAGCUACACGCUCACCGAGGAAGGUCUCAAGCGUCUUCUGGACCUCAGCCAUGAACACAAGUUCCCUGUUAUUCCCUUCAAGAAUGAAAUGGCCAUGGAGUUGCUUGAGAAGGGUCGCGUGCGAUUCUGGACUCAGGUGGAGAAAUGCACCUCCGCCUGCAAAGUGGAGUAUGUCUUUAACGAUGCCAUCAUUACUCAUGGACAGAAAUACACAAUGAGCUUCAACCAAUCCACCGGCAUCAUUGAAAUGUUCAUGGACUCUCUGGAGGUCACUGAUGAGGGAACGUUCACCUUUAACCUGGUGGAUGGCAAGGCUAAGGGUACAACCAGUCUGGUGCUCAUUGGAGAUGAGUUCAGGGAGCUUCAGAAGAAAUCUGAAUUUGAGAGGGCAGAAUGGGUCAGGAAACAAGGUCCUCACUUUGUCGAGUACCUCAGCUUUACUGUUACUCAAGAGUGUGAUGUGCUGUUGAAAUGCAAGAUAGGAAAUGUCAAACCAGAGACCGAGAUCACCUGGUCUAAGGACAGCAUUGAGAUUGCCGAGAGUGAUGAUGCCGCUAAGAAAAUUGAGAGGAAGGACAGCGAGCUGACCUUUAAUAUUGGAAAGUGGGUUAUUAAGCAGGAGAAACCGAAUGAAAAAGAAAGAAAAAAGCCAACUGCCAUGGAUGACCCCCCGCCGCCAAGACCCAAAAUUUCCAAGUCGGAUAUAGGUGUUUACGAUGUCUACCUGACUGAUGACAGAGGCAGAGACAAGAGCACCUUCAAUCUGACGGAUGCAGGAUACCAGGCUGUAAUGAAUGAGCUGUUCAGGGUUAUUGCCAACUCCUCCUCUGAAAUCAGUGUCAUGAGUACUGAACAUGGCAUCAUCCUCUACUCCAUGGUCACAUAUGGCCACGAGGAUCUGCGUGUCGGUUGGCUCCACAAAGAUGGGAAGAUUGCUGCCUCAGAGAGAGUUAAGUCUGGACUCACAGGAGAGCAGAUUUGGCUUAAGAUCAAUGAGCCCACGGAGAAGGACAAGGGCAAAUACACCAUGGACAUCUUUGAUGGCAAGGACGGUGUGAAGAGAGUCUUUGAUCUGUCUGGCAAGGCAUGGGAAGAGGCAUUUGAAGAAUUCCAAAGGCUCAAGGCGGCAGCAAUCGCAGAGAGAAAUCGUGCUCGUGUUGUUGGAGGCUUGCCAGACGUGGUUGCUAUCCAAGAGGGCAAGUCCCUGAACCUGACUGGCAAUGUCUGGGGCGAGCCUACACCUGAGGUGAGCUGGACGAAGAAUGACAAGGAGCUGGUAUCUGACGAGCGCUACAAACUCAAGUUCGAGCACGGCAAGUUUGCCAGCAUCACAAUCGCCACCGUCACCACGACUGACUCUGGCAAGUACGCCCUCCACGUCAAGAACAAGUAUGGUGCAGAAGCUGGCGAGUUCACCGUCAGUGUCUACAACCCAGAGGAUGAGGAGAUCAAAGAGGAGAAGAAAUGAAGUAGAAAAGAUGAAUGACUGGGCCAUCUCCAAAGCAUUUUACCCCGGCACAUGCCGGUGCACCGAGCAGUUUGAAUAAAUGAUUAAUACAGCUGCUUCCUCCUGAGUCUUUAAUGUGCUGGGCUAAAGAGCUUUGGGCAUUGCUCGUUGAGGAAGCACUCAAUGAAUGUGAUACAGAGAGGAUAAUUGUGUGCUUGUAGUUGCUUGACAUGUCUUCUGUCCCUUCUGGCCACUUUCAGCAGUAAAUGUUAUGUUUAACCAGAGCUGCUAUAAAUCCUUGUUUCAAUAAUGAAGGCCAGCCAAAGCAAAACAAUUUUCUUAUACUAAUACAGUAUUACAUUGGAAAACCUUUGACCUCUGACACCAAGUCAUGCCUGAGGUUUAUACACUGUAACAAAAAUAAAGGAAAAAUAAUAUGUGA